CGAGAACGUGUGUUCACAUAGUGUAACGUAUAGCAGCAUAGGCGAUAUCAUGGAAUUCCUCAGUUUCGACGUGAAGAAUCUUACUCUAUCGUUGCGCAAGGCGGAAAUACCGAAGCCAGGACCGAACGAUGUUCGAAUUAAAGUCGCUUAUUGCGGGAUCUGCGGGACAGAUCUUCACAUACUCGAAGGAGCAUUUCCGUGCAAGAAGGAAGGUUUCCUCACCCUGGGCCACGAAUUCUCAGGCACGGUGGACGCUGUCGGCACAUCGGUGAAGACUGUAAAAGUCGGCGAAAAGGUGGCUGUCGAUCCUAACAGCGGUUGCAACACGUGCAACUUCUGUCACAGCGGGACUUAUCAGUUUUGUAGCGCCGGUGGUAUAAACAGCACGAUAGGGAUCUACAAAGACGGCGGUUUCGCCACGCACGCGAUCGUCCCGGAAAGUCAGGUUCACCUGAUACCUGACGAUGUGGAUCUGGAGCAAGCUGCUCUCACCGAGCCACUCUCGUGUUUGGCACACGGAUGGGACAUACUCGAUGGUGUUCCUGUUGGUAGCAACGUGCUUAUAACUGGAGCCGGGAUAAUCGGUAUUUUGUGGGCCUGCUUGCUGCACCUGCACGGUCUCAGGAAAACCGUGACGGUCAGCGAGCCGCAGGAACCACGACGAAAAUUACUGUCAAAUCUUGAUUUGGAUUACGAAAUAAAAGCUCCAGAUCAAUUGAAGGAAGGGUUCGACGUGGCCAUAGACUGCAGUGGCUCAGGUCCAGCCAUGGAGGCAGCUAUACCUUUGUUGGGACGAGGUGGCCGCUUAUGCGUGUUCGGUAUCGCUAAUCCUAAAGCGAAAUUCUGUAUCGAACCGUUCCAGAUUUACAUGAAGGAGUUGAAAAUCAUCGGUGUAAACAUAAAUCCGUUCACGUUCCCCAAAGGACUGGGUUUGUUACGUGCAAUGGCCGAACGAUAUCUGAAUUACGAGAAGUUAGGUAUUAAAGUAUUCUCGUUGUCUCAAUAUCGUGAAGCUUUGGACAGCCUGAAACGUGGACAUAUCAGCAAAGCGGUGUUCAAAAUGUAAAAAAGAAUUAGAAUGGUGAACCACAGUACUAUCAGCAACCAUGAAGAUAAGCUGCACCGAUCUGCUGCUGCCCACUGAAGUCCCG